CGACGUCUACUGCGCAGUCUGACGCCGGAAGAAGUGGCUGCCUUGGCUCCCACCAUGACGAGCGCCCUUCUCGCGUUCACCAUCGAGUUGCACCAGAAGCUGCGCGAGGUGGGCGGCUCCAAGAACGUGCUCUUCUCGCCGUUUCUCGCCGCGGGCGCCCUGAUCGCGCUCUUCUACGGCGCCAGGGGUCGCGCUGCUCGCCACCUGGCGCGCCUGCUGCACCUGAACGAGUCGGACGCGCCGCGCGCCGUCGCCUACUUCGCGCGCUGCCACGGCCAGCUGUUCGCCUCGUGGCCCAACCACCACCGACAGGGCUUCAACGCCACGCACGACCUGGCGCUGAUACGCGACCGGAAUCUGAACAUGCUCGCCGCGUACGUGGCCUCGCUGUCGCCCUGGUGUCGCACCGAACCGGACUUCUUCGAGUCGGACAUGGGUAGCGCAGUCAUCCGCAUGGAUCUCUGGAUCCGGGCGCUGACGGCGUUCGCCUUUCGUGAGUACACGGUGUUCGAGUUCCCGCCGACCAUGGGCCGCGAGCCGGUGCAGCUCGUCUCUAUCGCCGUGCUGUUCGUGAAGGGUCGAUGGCGAAUGCGCUUCGAGCCGGGCACCGGCGACUUCCACGAGACGCCCAACAAGAUACGCUCCGUGCGAGUCAUGCGACGGCGCGGCAAGUUCCGCAUAGGCGACUGCGGCGACCUGGACGCCGUCGUGCUGGAGAUACCGUACCAGGACCCGAGCAAGACGAUGGUGGUGUUCCUGCCCCGCAUGGAGCGCUUGGCGACGUUCGAGCACAGCUUGACGCCGGCCAAGCUGCUGCGAUGCCUCGCCAAUCUCGAGGAGCGAGAAGUCGAGGUGACGAUGCCGGUGCUUCGGCUGAAGCGACACACCGAACUGGCGCGUAUCGUGUCGAUGCUGAGCGCGCCGGAUGUGUUCAAGAGCCGCGGUCAGCUGGGAGGCAUCAGCGACGACAAGAGCUUGUUCGUCUCCACGCUCACCCACGUCACCGUGUUCCACGCGAACGCCAGGGGAGGGAAGUCUCAGGCGCCGCCCACGAUCGAGCCUCCGGGCACCACUAGGCCUACUCCGGCUACCACCAAGGCAACACCGGAGCCGGUCAGGUUCACCGUUGACCGCCCCUUCAUGUUCCUGGUGAUGAACAAGGACCCUGACGCGGUGCUGCUCCUCGGAUCCGUCAAGAGGGUCUCCUCGAGGAAGACCAAGGCGCCGCCCGCUAACUGAGAGCGCCCAGGAGUCAUUGGAUUGCGUUCGACGAACUUGUGUCGUCAAUACAAACUUCCAUUGAAAGAAUAGUACC